CAUUAAUAUUAGUUAUCAAUCAAGUUUAAGUUAAAAAGAGAUAGAAGCAUGAAACUCAACUUCAAAAAAAUGAUGUAUGUAAAAGUUCUGAUGAUGGUAAUAGCGAUAUGGUUCGUACCCAUGACCUACAGUAAUGGAGCCGAAGCACCCGCUGGUGAUGUAGCCGAGGCACCCGGAGCCGACGCAUUCAACAAUGAUUGGUAUGACGCACGAUCCACAUUUUACGGUGACAUCCAUGGUGGAGACACUCUAAAGAAGAAGGAAGAAGAAAAGAUGACGACGCAGAAUAAAGAGAUGGAAGUGGUGAAGGAUCUCGACUUGGAGAGAUACAUGGGCCGUUGGUACGAGAUUGCUUCUUUCCCUUCCAUUUUUCAGCCCAAGAACGGUAUUGACACUCGCGCCACCUACACCCUCAACCCUGACGGCACGGUUGAUGUCUUGAACGAGACGUGGAACAGUGGCAAGAGAGUUUUCAUCCAAGGCUCAGCAUACAAGACUGAUCCUAAGAGCGACGAGGCUAAGUUCAAAGUUAAGUUCUAUGUCCCUCCUUUCCUCCCUAUCAUUCCUGUCACUGGAGAUUACUGGGUGUUGUAUAUUGAUCCUGAGUACCAGCACGCCGUCAUCGGCCAGCCUUCAAGGAGUUAUCUCUGGAUACUGAGCAGGACGGCACAUGUGGAGGAAGAGACAUACAAGCAGCUGCUGGAGAAGGCGGUGGAGGAAGGGUACGACGUCAGCAAGCUUCACAAGACCCCUCAGAGUGACACACCACCUGAGUCCAACGCUGCUCCUAACGACACCAAGGAUCAAAUGCUAAAAUAGACCACAAAGGGUCAAAAAAAUUUGAUAUAGACCUAUUGUUUCUUUAUUUUAAUAAUAAAUAAAAAUUAGGGAGAAAAGACAAUGAGACCUAAUAACUUAAACAUAUUUACUAAUC